UAAUCUUCGUGACAGACGUCGGAGCAGAGACAAUUUUUGUUGCGGAAAUGCGGGAUGAACUAGUGUUUACUCCCAUCCUAUCUGCCCCGCGACCACGUGGCAUUACAUAUGAUCCUGUGUCAAAGAAGAUCUAUUGGAGUGAGGGUCAUCAGAGACGGAUUAUUCGAGCAGAUAUGAAUGGUUCAAACAUUGAGGCUAUCACUCUUCCUGAAGAAAUUUCUCCAGCCGGAAUGGAUGGAAUCGCCAUUGCAAACAAGUCGAGAACUCUCUACAUCGCCUACCGACGGAUAAAUAAAAUAUCAUCAAUGUCGAUCGCAGAGGACAGUCCACUACCAUGGGAUGUAACUGAUUUUUUAACUGAGGGACUUAUCGGGCCGAGAGAAUUGGCUGUGGAUGAAGAACAAGGAUACCUGUACUGGUCCAUGGACUAUACUAUAGCACGAACAUUUCUCAAUGGAUCUGGAAAUACUGAAGUGAUAUAUAAGAGUGAAGAUCUAAAGAAUUUGACUGGGCUAACCAUAGACCUUACAAGAAAGGUACGGCGAGUCUUCUUCUGCGAAUUUAACCAGAAGAAAACUUUGUACAAGGACGUUAUCACAUCUCCCAACGCAUCAGAUGUGUCCGAAGCCUACGAGUUGUCUGAAUACCUUUAUGAUCCGAGUAACAUAGCCCUCAAAGCAAGACACGUUACCUUCUACAAUGAUGCACUCUACUGCUUGCAACUGGCCGUUCCGCAGGGUAUUGGUAUCAUGACCGAUUACGAUCAAACUAAUCGAUCCUAUAAUUUUCAAGAAAUUAGUCAGUUUGUGACACCGUACCGAAUGCACAUUGCUUACAUAAUUGAUUGAUGUUUUUGUCGAUUAUACUCAUAUGAAGAGAAAGAAAAAAAAAAUCUUUUGAGAAAUUUGACUGCAUAAGGUACAAUGUCCUAUAUUAAUCUACGUUUGGAACUCUUCACCCAGGUCUAGUAAAUCACCGGUAGGAAGACAAUCUUUGAAAGCCUGAUCGCCUUAUCAUUGUUGCUCAGCAAAAGCUCGGGUAAUGAUAUGAUUGCAGGACCCUCAGGGAGAACAUUAUUAAUACUGAU